UUCUAGAAUUAUUGGCGUCCAUUUUCGUGCGGCUGUGACCCAUGUGCAAAGAGUUUGACAUAUUUAUCAAUAUUUGCGGACAUAAUUCUGGUGAUUGGAACUUUGAAAAAGUUCUAACAGCAAUUUGAAAUGCCAGUAGCUUACGAAGUCAAGUCCUCCUGGGCAGACGAAGUCGAGGAGGAAGGUGGAACCCUGCCCUCUCCCACCGAGGUCUACGAGAACGGUUUCAAGGUCCUCACAGAGUACAAGUACAACGACGAUAACAAGAAAGUCAAGAUGGUUCGCACCUACAAGAUCGAGAAGCGAAUAGUCUCCAAGACGAUCGCCGUUAGAAAAAACUGGGCAAAAUUCGGGGACUCGUCGGACGACAGACCAGGGCCCAAUCCAGCAACUACCAUUGGCGCUGAGGAUGUCUUCAUGCAGUUCAUCUCCAGCAAAGAAGAGGAGAACAAGGUUGAGGAUGAGUCCCUGGAUAAACUGAAGAGCAUGGGCGACAAGGGAAUAGUCAAGUGUCGUAAUUGUAAUGGAGACCAUUGGACAUCGAAAUGUCCCUACAAGGACACUGUUCUUGCUGGUGGCAAGGUGCCUGAUGACAAGAAACCACCGACACGUCCUGGGGCACCGGAGCCUGCACCACCGGCCGGUGGUGAAACUCAAAAGGGAAAAUACGUACCACCGAGCAUGAGAGAUGGUGGCAACAGGCGUGGAGACUCCAUGCAGAUGCAGCGACGCGAUGAUACCACUGCCAUCCGCAUUUCCAAUUUGUCGGAGAGCACCAACGAGGCUGAUCUUGAAGAGCUGGUCAAACCAUUCGGCUUCAUUCAGAAGCAGUAUCUCGCUAAGGACAGAAACACUAAUCUCUGCAAAGGCUUUGCUUAUGUUCACUUCAAGUUCAGGGCGGAGGCUGCCAGGGCUAUCAGCCAUCUCAAUGGCUAUGGGUACGAUCAUCUCAUUCUGAAUGUCGAUUGGUCGAAGCCACCUGCGCAGCAGAACUAAGAGGAUUUUCAUCAUCUUUGGGUGGGUUAGAAUAUGGGAGAACGGCUUGAGCACGUGUGUCUGGGAAAUGUCAAGUGGUUUUUUAUGUCUCGAUGGUUCUCUGCCAAUGUACAUGGUUUAGUGUUUGAUACACUUUUCCAUUGAUGAUUCGGCGGUUGUCACGGACGUGAGUGGGUUCGGGAGGAACUGACGAAAAUCUUUUUUGGUGGAGAAUUUCGUAGGGUAUGAGAAAAAAUUGUCAUGUUUUUGGAUAGAAUCAUUCGUUCUGGGGAUAGGGGGGUAAUGAAGGAAGAAUAUCAUGUUGUGCUCGAACCGUUUUACCAAUGUUCCAUGCUGAUUGAUUGAGGGGUGAGGAAAUAGGUUUUAAUUGCAAAAUUGUGUAUUUGAAGAUGAAGGUCAAUAAAGAUAUUCCAUUUAAUUAAGUACAGUUUUUGGGUAAUAGUGUUUCGUAUUUUUAACUGAGCGAAUUCGCCAAUUCUGUAUAUGAAAACUGUGUGGCUGAUGCAGUUCAGUUGGGACGAUUAGACUGAUGGUUUCAGCUACGCAAGUAGCUACAGGAAUAACGAUACAGGAGUUCACUUUUCGUCACAGCGUGAUGACAAAUUUUUUUCUGUAGUUAGUACAUUGAGGGAAUCAAUGAGGAAUAAAGAUUUCGACCCAUUAGA